GGAAGAGAUUCGGACAAUAACUGCAAGAACAACUUCUACGCAGACCAGCGAACAGCGGGCGGAGGCAAAAAUCUUAGAGAAAGGAAGUGGAACAGCAACUUCUACCGAUAGAACGAAUAAUGAGGGUUUUUUUGAAGAAAGCGCAGGAGGACAGGUAGCCGCCCCUGAUAUCGCUCCUCCUCAGGACCACGAAAGAAGUG